AUGGCGACCAAACCCCUCACGUAUAAUAGCAAACGAAAGGUUGCCUCAGACGGGAAAGAAAAGGGCGACUUCAAGAAUAAGAAGCCUCGUUUGGAGGAGGCAUCAAAUGGGAAGGCAUCCGGAUCUGAGCAACAAAGCUCUCGGGAGUCGCAUGCGAAACAGAAGCAACUUGCUCUAGAGCGAAAAGCUGCCAAACCUCUAGCCGACGAAGUUCAGCGGACCAAGAAGAUCUGGGAACGAUUGCGCCUCAAGUCCCAUGUUCCCAAGGAUGAGCGACAGAAGUUGGUGGCAGAGCUAUACGAAAUCAUUACAGGCCGCAUCCGAGAUUUUGUCCUGAAGCAUGACGCUGUCCGAGCUGUGCAAACUGCGAUUAAAUAUUCCACACCGGAGCAGCGAAAACAGAUUGCUCAGGAACUCCAGGGAACGUAUGCGCAGCUUGCUGAAGGACGCUACGCCAAGUUUCUCAUUGGGAAGCUCCUUGUCCACAAUGACGAUGAAAUCCGCGACAUCAUCAUACCCAACUUCUACGGCAAAGUUCGAAAGCUCAUAAACCACUCUGAGGCCUCGUGGAUCUUGGACGACAUUUACCGGACGGUCGCGACGAAGGAGCAGAAGUCCCUUUUGUUGCGUGAAUGGUUUGGACCCGAGUUCACUUUGAAGGAGUUGACCAAGGACAUCAAGACAACUUCGGAUCUGAAGCAGAUCCUGGAUGAGGAGCCAAGCAAGCGAGGACCCAUCAUGAAGAGUCUGUUGGACCUUAUCAACUCACUUGUCCAGAAACGAAUGACCGGUUUCACCAUGCUACACGACGCAAUGCUCCAGUAUUUCACAAAUACCCAGCCAGGAUCCGAAGAAUUCAACGAAUUCAUGGAAUUGAUCAAGGGUGACGAGGCGGGCGAUUUGCUCAAGAACCUUGCCUUUACUCGCUCUGGCGCAAGGCUUGUCUGCCUUCUGUUGGCGUACGGCACGGCCAAAGAUCGAAAGGUGCUGCUGAAAGCUUACAAGGAUACCUUUACGCUGAUGUCGGGAGAUCAAUACGGCCACAUCGUGCUCCUGACAGCCUACGAUGUUAUUGACGACACGAAGCUGACCUCAAAAGCCAUAUUCCCAGAGCUCGUUGGAGAAAAAGAAGAGGAAAUCGCACAGAACAUUGUUGCCGCCGCCAACAACCCCAAUGCCAGAAUUACACUUCUCUAUCUACUCGAAGGCUUUUCCAAGUCGCUGUUCCCUGCCAGCAACGCCUAUGACUUGGAGGUGCUCAAGGAGGUACAUGAGAUCCGCAAAACCACAAGCAAGAAGGAAGAUGACGUUCGACGCAAAGAACUUGCUGCAAUUCUAUCGCCUUCUUUGAUAGAUGCAAUUGCGGCCUCGCCUUCUGACCUCACGGCAACGCCGUUCGGCUGCCAGUUUGUCGCCGAUGUCCUUCUCUCCGGACUUGGAGACAAGCAGAAGGCGCUCGAGGCCCUCGCCCAGUCUGGCAGUGGCAGCCCCAAGCAGGAGCCAGCAGAAGACGAAAUUGCCCCUAGGUCGCACAUUGCCAACACACCAUUCGGAGGCCGCAUGCUCAAGUCUCUCAUCCAAGGUGGCCGUUUUGACAGAGCCACUGGAAAGGUGAAGCUGAUUGAGCCACCGUUGGGCUUUUCUAACAUUCUGUACCCUGUUGUCAAGAAGCACAUCAUGGAUUGGGCUACUGGGCCAAGUUCAUUCGUCGUCGUGGCUUUGCUUGAGAGCGAAGAAUUCACCAGUGCGGAAGAACUGAAGAAGACGCUGAAAAAGAACAAGAAGCUGCUGCAAACGGCGGCGACUGAACCCACCGCGGAGCAAAAGGCCGCCAAGGAGGCCAACGAGAGUGACGAGGCUGGGAAGAAGAGCAAGAAGACGGAGGCGCCUGUGGGUAACAAGGGUAGCAAGCUGCUGUUAGAAAAGCUAUGA